CAUAUCGCGCUUCUUUAUUAUGCCGUUGUUUACUUGGAUUCCUUAGAAGAGGCGGGUUGCUGAGCAUAACCCAGUAUGUAGAUUGUAGCAUGCCUAUCUUUCGUGAUUUCACAAUUUAUAAAUGAUUGAACUUUACUGUUCCCUGGUUAUGAUUCUUGUGAUUUCAAAUGUUUUGGAAAAAAAGGAGGACGACAAUGGCUGGGAAUUCUGGAGAGUCCAAGAAACCCAAGAGGAGCCAUGCUGUUGACAGGCUAAGCCAUCUUCCUGACAACGUUCUCCAUCACAUUCUCUCGUUCCUUGACACCAAAUCCUUGGUCCGAACAAGCCUUCUGUCGAGGAAGUGGAGAUCUUUGUGGAAACAUGUUCCCGCCCUCAAUGUCCUCCGUAAGUCCUUCCCUAACUUGUUGAGUUUCACAAAGCACAUAAGCAGGAUCUUGGCUACCCGCUACCGCAGUAUCCCUGUGAGCAGCAUUACCUUCGACAUAUGUGGAGAUAAGUGGCCAGGUGCUGUGAAAAUAUUUGAAAAGAUCAUGAAAUAUGCCGAAUCUCAUGGGGGUGGUGGUGGUCUUCACCAUCUGUCCAUCGUCGAUGAUGAAAUGCAUUUCCUCACGAGAGAUGUGAUCAAUGUAAUCACAGCUUCUCGUCAUAACGAAUCGCUCAAGACACUCAAGUUUGAGAGAUGCUGUCUCCAAUGUGGUGAAUUUGAUAUGGACUUCAAAUUGCUUACAACUCUUGAACUGCAGAAUUGUAUCCUGCAACAUAACUAUACAGUGGAGUCCUUCGAUCCGUUUGGUAAUCUGCCUUGUCUUAAAUACCUGAAGUUAAUUGGAUGCGGUGUAUAUUGUGAAGACACUGGGCUGAAAAUAUCGGGACUUGAGUUGCUUGGCCUUGAAAUUGAGAGUUCAAACUUCUACGGUGGUUAUGAAGUGAUUGCUCCGAAGCUCAAAGCUUUAUAUCUAAGGAAUACGAACCAUCAUCCUUAUCUCCCCAAGUUGAAUCUACCUGCUCUCGAUCAUGCAAACAUCCGUCUUAGUUGGCACAUAUCAUACGGUAAUGCAGCAUCAGAAGAGGAUCGCGCAUUUAUGAAUUUUUUGGGUAGUCUGCGGAAUGUAGAGUCUCUCCAGCUACGUUUCGACAAGGCCAGGAAUAUUUAUGGGCAAGAAGACCAGUUUCCUCUUAACAGAAUCAAGGCCUUAAUAAAGCCCGAGGCCCCUCCUUUUACCAGGUUGAAGACCUUGAGGUUACAAUGCGUGGGUCUAAAGAAACUGCCAAACAUACAUUAUGAAGUGAUCCGCUAUUUUUUUGAAGGCUCUCUUAGUACGGAAGAAAGGGUCGUUAAGCUUGAGCUGGUUACUCAAAAGCAGACCUAAUUCUUCCAAUGGUGUCAAAACUAGUAAUAGUCAUAUUCUCAACUUGAAUGCAUGGCAGCCAUGAUCCAAGGACGAGAGAAAUUGAAUGAUGAAUUGCGUUGCUGUUAGUCCAGUCAUCCCGAAAUGUUUAUUUUGCGACUUUCCGCUUGGGUGGAAUGCACAAAGUGUGUCUGACUUUGUGCUAAUCUGUGUUCAUGAAGGUUGGUACUGUGUAGGUAAAGCAUUGACUUAGGAAUCUAGGGAUGUUUGAUG